UCUGCUGCAUGAGCAUUCAGAUCCAUUCACCAAUUUCGUGGCAUUCACCAUGGCUGCGGCUCAAGCGGUCCUGGCAGCUCCCUGGAGCUCGCAAGCAGCACCAGCUGCCAGGCGCAAGGUCCCUUUCUCUGCUGCAGAAGCGUCUUGCGCUGGCUGCGGCUGCCCUUCCAAACUUUCUCCAUCGUUUAAGAAGCGCAUCCGUAACCCUCUCCACACCACAUUUGCUCAUGCGCAGCAUUCGUUCUCGAAGCCUUCUCAGUCUAGAAGGUCUUGCAUAGUCCGAGCAGUUGAGAAAGAGGAGAAUGUGCCGACCUGGGCAAAGCCUGGGUCGGAAGAGGUGCCCCCUUGGGCCAAGGAGGACUCGUCAGGGUACCAGAAGGAGGGGCCUAAGGACCUUCCAUUUGGACUGUACCUAUUGUUCUCGGUCUUUACCGCAAUUGCGGCGGUCGGAUCGAUCUACGAGUUUGCAAACAAGAACCCCAUAUUUGGAGUGAUCCAACCAGACAGCGGUCUGUAUGUCCCAAUCUUGGGAUUCUUCGUCCUUUCGGGAUUCCCAACUGCGGGCUUCUUGUUGUACAAAGCAAUCUCAACGGCGAACAAGCUGGCGGAAGCGAUGGACAAAGAGGACGGAGUCAACAAGGAUUACUAGACAGCUGCUACUGCAUCAGGACGCAGCCAUUUUUGAUCUGUAUCUACAUAGGACGGUAGGAUAAAAGAGAGGGUCACUGACGCGUUUAUCUAAGCUCCCAUGUGUUGUAUGUUGAAGUCUCGCUCAAACACUAAAGCCAUGGGUGCAUGGUUUCUCAAGCGAGCCAUCAGAUUCCCCUUGAGUAACCACCGGGUCAACAAUCCAUCCACAAUGAUCCCUAGCUGUCCAGUCCAACACCAACCUUUGCAUAAACGGCUUCAAAUGGCA